GAUUUUGGAUUAUCAAAAAGGAUUGAUGAAUCAUCCAAUAUUCAAUCAAGAUUAUUUGGAAUGGUUACUUAUGUUGAUCCACAAAUAUUUAAUAGAAAAAGAGAUAACAACAAUCAAGUUCAAAUAUAUUCAUUAAAUAAAAAGAGUGAUGUUUAUAGUAUUGGUGUACUCUUAUGGGAAAUAUCGUGUGGGCGCCCACCUUUUUGUAAUGAACUAUAUGAUGUUGGUUUGGCUAUGGAAAUAUUACAUGGUCUUAGAGAGAAACCCAUUCCCAAUACACCUGAAGAUUAUAUAAAAAUAUAUACUGAUUGUUGGAAUAAUGAACCAGAUAAUCGUCCAACUAUCAACCAAGUUGUUGCAAAAUUAAAUACAAUUAUUUUAAAUGAAAAUGUCCAAUUAUCAAGCGAACAGCAGAAAACUCCUAGAAAUAUUAUUAAUAAUUCAUUGCAUGGAGAAAUGUCUCAACUUAUUCAAAAUUUUAAUAAUAUGAAUACAAAAGAAAUGGAUACUACAAUAUCAUCAGAGAAUAAUUUUGAUAUUAUGGUUAAUGAAAUAAUUCUUCUUUUUGAAAAUACAGUUAUGGAAAGGAGGAAACAUGAAAUUGUUAAUUAUCUUAAUAAUCAUAAUAUAACUUCACAAGAAAUUUAUAAUUGGUUGUUGAAUAAUCAGAAUAAUUCGAAUUCUGUUUUUUUACUUGGAAUAUUUAAUCAUUUUGGAAUUGAAAUUAAUGUUGAUAAACAAAAAGCAUUUGAAUUAUAUCAAAUAGCUGCAAAUUCAGAAAAUGCACGUGAAAUAAUUAAUUUAGGAACUUGUUAUGAAUAUGGAAUAGGGACCAAUAUUGAUAAACAAAAAGCAUUUGAAUUAUAUCAAAAAGCUGCAAAUUUAGGAAAUUUUACAUCUCAAUAUAAUCUUGCAAAUAUGUUUAAAAAUGGAAGUGGAGUUAAAAAGGACAUAAAUAAAGCAAUUUAUUGGUAUACAAAAUCUGCUGAACAAGGAUAUCAAGAAGCUCAAAAUAAGUUAAAUACUUUAAUUAAUUAAAAGAGUGUACUGUAAUACUGU